CGCCGCGCCGCCCGCCCGCCGCCCGCCGCCAGCCGCCAGCCGACCCACUCCGCUGCUCUCCGCUCGCCGCCGUUUGCCGCGCGCCGCUACUGUCAUGAUGGAGAAUAAACGUUGGUGGUUGAUGGCCGCCGGCCUCGUCCUGGUGGCGCUGGCCCACGUGGCCGCCGAGGGAGAGGUCUGGGAGGAGAACGACCACGAGGUGCUGAUCCGCAACGAGAGGGGUGCGAAGAAUAAAGAGCCAUGCCGGUACGUCCGUAGCGCCUGGUCCGAAUGCGACGCCAAGACAAACAUCAGGUCCCGAGUGCUGACCCUCAAGAAGGGAGACCCCGCCUCCUGCGAGCGCACCAAGACUAUCCAAAAGAAAUGCAAGAAACCCUGUCGCUACGAGAAGUCGUCGUGGAGCGAGUGCAACGCCAACGGCGAGAUGUCGAGGACCGACAUGCUGAAGGCCAACAGCGACCCGAGCUGCGACCAGAGCCGCCGCAUCACCAAGAAGUGCAACAAGAACAAACAAGUCAAGGCUACCAAAGAUAAGGGUCGCCGAAAUCGUCAGUAAGUUACAGUUUAGACUUACCUACACAAUAACAUUCAUUUAGACUAACUUUUUAUUGUUAUCGGUGGAUGUCGGUCCUUAUUAUUGUGUAAUAGUGCCAAAUAGUAACGACACUAUAUAAAUGAUGGAAUAUGUUUAACGGUUUUAAUCAUACCCAUAAGUUAU